CACUCUCUCUCUCUCUCUCACACACAUUUGUGUGUGUGUGUUAGUGUAUUCAUCUAUUUGAUUGUUUCAGUUUCUAGAGGUCCGCCUCUGCUUCAAACCUCUCUUGUUGUUUCUUGCUGUUGAGGAGAAGAAGAACGAGAAAAAGAGCAAUAGAAAAUACUAACAAGAUAAGCAUGGAGGCUCAGAACCCUUCUCCUGGACAUACAACAGAACAUGAAGAACCACAACCAAUACCAAGGAGGCCUCCUCCACGAUCUGACAUAGUCCCAACUAGAAUUAUCUACCCUGACCCAAAUAAAAGGAUGACCCGGGAUGAAAUAUAUAUGUAUGUGUAUUUGUCUCCCGAAUGGCAAAUAGAUGAAAGAACACGUGAAAAUGGUCUUCAGGCAGGCAAGAAGGAAUAUUUCUAUACUAAUCUCGUGAUUUCCAAGCAAUUCCGAUCUCUUAAGGCAGUAGAAGAAUUUAUCCGAAUAAAGAAAUUUCCUGAGAGAAACUUGGGAAAGAAAAAGGCUAAUACUAAGAAAAUGAAGAAUGAUAAGUCAAUGGGGCAGCCAACAGUACCGGGAGAGAAAGAAAUCAAUGAUAGAACCUUCACCGAUGAAAUGGGCCCUGAUACCCAUGGUGUGUUAGGCCCUGUUGGAGUUGGAGUAAGCCCAGAAGACAAUGAUUUGGCAAAAACUACUGUUCCUAUCAACCAAGAGAACAAGGAGUUGCCAGCAGAAUCACAGAAAGAUAAGGAGAUCUAUGACACAGUCAUGACUAAAGUAAUGGGCUCCAAUAACCAUGGCCAGGUGGGCUUCCUUGGAGUUGUGAAUAUGACGAAUGAUAAGUUGAGGGAUCAGCCAACUGAAUCACCAAAUGACAAAGACGUCAAUGACACAUUCAAUGUAUUGGGCUCCAAUACCCAUGGCCAAUUGGGUAUCUGUGGAGUUGGGUUUAGCCCAGAAGAUAAUGAUUUGGUAAAAAUUAAUGUUGUAAUUAAUGAGAAGAUCAAGGAGUUGAAGAAGCAAGUGAAGAUGUUGGAGGAGAAGUUGGAGGUAGAAAAGAAGAAUAAUGCAAAUGUGAUUGCAUAUUUGCAGUCACAAAUUGAAAAAUUUACCCAGAAUAAGUCACAGCUGGAUUCGUCUAAUUUAGGUUGUAACUAAUGAAGAAUUGAACUCCUCUGCUUCUCUAUUGGUCUUUGGACACUGCUGGCCAAAUCUAUCAUUUUUAGUCUAUCUUUCGGCAGCAUGUAUGGAGUCAAAGGCUAUUUGUGAUGGAGUUCUUCUGGCUAGGUUGGAGUUUGGGUCUUUUGGCUGUAGCUAUCUUCUGUGAUUGCAAAUCGGUGGUUGAUAUUCUUAAUGAGUUAUUAUUCAUUUAUUUAUUUUCCUAGGGCGUCAAAUAAGGAGACAGAUUUCUUUGCUCCUUGAUUAGGUUUUUUUUUUUUUUGGGGUCUGGUGGUGCUCACCACCCUGUUAACCAAGUUUUCUUUCACCGGUGGUUGAGUGAGAAGAUGGUCCAGAUAUGAACCCCCAUCACUCCCCACCUCUCCCCUCCCCCCCUUAUUGCAUGCUGUCAAUGGAUCACAGUGAAUAAAUUCUGUGGCCUCAAGGAAGCUCGAUGGAUAAGGACAAAUAACAUUGUUUUGGAAAAUAAGCUUGAACGAGGCCAUAAACACUAGUCUGUGUUUCCCAAUUUUGGGUUUCUGUA